AGGAGAGGCCUGAGGGGAGGCCUGAGGGGGGUGGCGUCCAUGAUGGGGGGUCGCCCCCUCCUCCAGGCGGGCCUCCCGACGGCGGUUAUGAUGAGGAUGAGGAUGGGGAUGAUGAUGAGGAUGGUGGUGAUGAUGAUGAUGAUGAUGGUGGCGGGCCAGGAGCCCCCGACCCCCGACUGGAGGCUGACCCUGAAGACCAUCCGCAAUGGCGUCCAUCGCAUCGACGCCUAUCUCAACCUGGCCCUGGACCUGCUGGGCGGGGAGGACGGCCUCUGCCGACACCAGUGCCCGCCUGGCUCUAAGCCUUUCCCUCGCUACGGUUAUAAACCUUCCCCUCCAAAUGGAUGUGGAUCACCAUUAUUUGGUGUUAAUUUUGACGUGGGCAUCCCCUCGGUGACUCGAUGCUGCAACCAUCACGACCGAUGCUACGACACCUGUGGCAGAAGCAAGGGUGACUGCGACGAGGAGUUCCAGGUCUGCCUCUCCAAGAUCUGCCGGGAGGUACAGAAGACGCUGGGACUCUCCCAGAACCUGCAAGCAUGCGAAUCGACUAUGGAGCUUUUGUUUGAUGGCGUGAUACACUUAGGCUGCAAGCCCUACCUGGACAGCCAAAGAGCCGCCUGUACGUGUCUCGCCGAACCAAAGACCGACCUUUAAAAGAAGAUGACCACGGCAGUCAAAUGCGGAGGAGGACGGAGAAGGAGGUUGAGACGCUGACUUCCAGUGGGCAGUGCACAUCCCGGAUCUUUUAUCAGAUUGGAAGCGUCAGCGGCUCUGCAUUUGGGUGAUAACUUUCCGACUAAAUCUUAGGAAAUCCGGGAACGUGUUCCAUGUGGCCCUCGUGACCUUUCAAGAUGCUGAAGCGCAGCCACUUGUGAACCUUGCUAACCGCUUCUCCUGUGGCAGAUACGUUUUUCCAAAUAUGCCUCGCACGGAGGCAUCUAAAAAUGGGAAAAAAAGUUGUUUUUGGUUUUAUAAUUGAUUUGGGAUUUGUAAAAAUUGUAAUUUCAGGUGAAAACUCGAGUUAAUUAAAGCCGUUCGUGGUAUGCGGACCAGUUUGCAUUUGUG